AGCCCAACGCCCUCUCAUCCGCCCGGCGGAGCGAGCCCUCCCUACCCGCGACGCGGCGGCGGCGGCGGGAUGUUCAAGAACACGUUCCAGAGCGGCUUCCUGUCCGUGCUCUACAGCAUCGGGAGCAAACCGCUGCAGAUCUGGGACAAGAAGGUGCGGAAUGGCCACAUCAAAAGAAUUACGGAUAAUGAUAUUCAGUCAUUGGUGUUGGAGAUUGAAGGGACCAAUGUCAGUACCACAUACAUCACGUGUCCUGCUGACCCAAAGAAGACACUGGGGAUCAAAUUACCCUUCCUGGUGAUGAUAAUCAAGAACCUGAAGAAAUACUUCACCUUUGAAGUACAGGUGUUAGAUGAUAAAAAUGUACGCCGACGGUUCCGUGCCAGCAAUUACCAGAGCACCACCCGCGUCAAGCCUUUCAUCUGCACCAUGCCUAUGCGCCUGGACGAUGGCUGGAACCAGAUCCAGUUCAACCUCUCUGACUUCACUCGACGAGCGUACGGUACCAACUACAUUGAAACCCUGAGAGUCCAGAUCCACGCAAACUGUCGCAUCCGCAGAAUUUAUUUCUCUGACAGACUCUACUCUGAGGAUGAGCUUCCUGCUGAGUUCAAGCUUUAUAUCCCAGUCCAGAACAAGGCCAAGCAAUGAUGUCACAUUGGGAAACCCACUGAGACACUGUGAAGAGAGGUGGAAGACUUUUUUUAAAUUAAAAUUUAAUGUUGAUUUACAUAGGGUAACUUUAUUUAAUAAAAGUUGGUAUCUAAAAUGCUGAGACACAGGACAACUAA